UGGUCUGUGUUCCUGAAAGGACACAACAUAAGGAUGGCUGAAAUGAGAAGUGCCAUGGAAAUAGCCCGCGAGAAAGCCAGGAAAAAAAGACUCAGUCAGCGAAGUCAGCUGAAAAUACAGAGAGAGGAAGUAAAGGAGUUGCUCAACUUUGAGCGCGAAGGUUUUCAAAGUGUAGACGACAACCCAAAAUGGAAUUUAUCAGUAACUCCAGUCUGGCACAACGGGGAAGACCUGAUGGAGAUUUCGGCGGGAAAGCAGCCGAGCAGUUUUGCACUCCAGCUGGCGAAAAAAUUGAUGGGAGAUGAAUUAACGGAUACCAUGCUGUCUCCGGUGAAGGUAUCGCAAACUUCAAGGAAUCCCGUCUCUGAAGAAAUAAGUGCUAAAUUUAAAAGCGUUGUACAACAAAAGUACCCCCUUACGCCCCUUCUUGCUUACAAGACAUGCAGGAAAAUAGUUAACCAGAAAGGACGUGAUUUGAACCGCUUGGCCCGUCAAAGUGCAUCUGUAACCCCGGCCCUGGAAACCGGCCCUGAGGAAAUUUGAUGCAUCAGUGGACCAUUCUUUAGUUCUGUCGAAUGCGAUGGUUUAGCCAGGAUGUCCUGGCUUAUGUUGAUUGUGAUUAAACUUUAAAUGUCAAUUGUUGAUGAAAAGCUUGUCUUUUAGAUUAUUUAAAUGCU